CACAAAUCGGAAUUGAGUUUAUAUUCAACGUAUAAUAUUAAUCGAGUCUACGCUUCGCGUAUGAGUACUGAUCUACGUACGUAGAUCUUAUCGACGGAGUCUUCAUGAGCUGCUGUCCCUUUAUCUACCCGGUUGGCGGCGACUACACCUACCUAACCUUCCUCUUCUUGGUGUAUAUUUCACAGGCAGAAUAUACUAACCUCGCGCCAAUGGCGCGGUCGAGCAGCUGUGAGACACUGUGAAACGUGAGAGGCAAGUCGCUGCACUCGCUGGCCGUCCGUCGUCGUCGUUGGUAUUGUGCAUUCUGUAUUAUAAAAUGGAGCCACCACAGCGGGUAUCCGGAGACAGCGCGUCUCUGUAAGGCUCCGUUGCGGAUACAGUAUCCCUUGUGAAUGUAAACGAGAAGAGGAUCGUGUUCGCGUAGUGCAUCUUCUAUGAGAAAAACAGAAGAAGCGCAAUGAUCGACGUUCCGAAUCGUCGUGAGCGAAUGAAAUGACGUAUGUACGGAUUAUACGAGUUACGCGUGUUUAAUAAAAUUCCUAUGGGUUUUAUCGUGUUUGUUAUUGUUUUCUCUUGUUUUUUUCUUGUUGUAAAAAUUCAACAGUGAUACCGGCUGGAAUUCAUUGUAGAAAAAAUAAAGUUGGAAGGAUAUCGUGAAACAUCGCGCAUGCCUUUGUGUUUACUCGUGUGUCUUCCACUCGAGGAAAGAAGAAAGAAUUAGAGGAAAAAAAUAAGAGAACACCUUUCUGUGCAUCGUUCUCAGUGUACGCUGCCGUUAUUGUCACUGGGAUCUUCGAUUGAAUCUCGUAUUGUUGUUCUUCAUUGUUCUUCGGGAUAAUAUACGUAUAUUGUACGUCUUCUAUUCUACUAUGGAGGCUUUACGACUGGCUAUACAGACGCGACUAGGGGAGAGGAUGGUCAGCAUGAGCUCGAUGCUCGUGGAAACAGUGAGCAUUAACUAUGAGGAUUUCAACGAAAGUUUUCUCACAUGUGGAACUUGCCUCUGUGUUUAUGACGGCAGUGAACACAUACCCAAGUUAUUGCCAUGUUCUCACACGGUGUGUCUGCACUGCCUCACAAGAAUCGCCGCAUCGCAGACUCGUGAGGCUGGUGCAUUUCGAUGCCCUAUUUGUCGUGAGCUAAUAACAAUCCCUCGUGGUGGUGUUCCUGCUUUGCCACCUAGUUUCUUAGUGAACCAACUACUUGAUCUUAUGUCAAGACAACGACGAGAGGUCAUUCCAAAAUGCUCGGUACACAUAAAUCAGGAAUUGCUGUUCUGCGAAACAUGUGACACAGUCUUCUGUACAGUGUGUACAGGUGGUAGUCAUGCAGGAACAUCUCCAGGCUGCACCGAACACACUAUCAUCCCAUUUAGUAUUGCAAUUAAAAGAAUGUCUGAAAUAUUACUAUACAAAGCUAACGAGUGUAUAUCCAAGUUGACACAGGCGCAAGAGUCGGUGGGUGCAGAACUGCGACGGUUGGAAACAGCCACGGAAAGAUGCCUAAAUGCAGUAGAUGCGGAGUUUGCAGAAAUUAUCUCAAAGGUAGAGAAGCGUCGAGCUGAACUACAGGCAGCCGUCACUGCAGCAGCCAGAGACAAGAAGCACGUCCUGGAGGAACAGCAUGCUCUUAUAGAAGCUGAGAAAAAUAAGGUUGAGCGAGAAUGUGAUGGCCUUCAGUAUCAAGUCGAGGUGCGAAAUAUUACUCAACGAAUUGGCAGUCUAUCCGAUCAACUGGAUGCAGCUGUAGCUUUGAGUGAACCCAGAGAGAACGCUUUUAUUACUGCUGAAUUCAAUCAUAACGAGGCCUUGAUGGAAUUUGAACGUGCUCUUAGUAUAUUCGGACGAGUACGUUCUAGUACUACAUUACCAGGUCUGUGUCGAGCCAGACUCAAGGAUCCUGCGGUGGCCAAGUUACAAGCAACCGUCGUCGUCGAGACAGUCGACUACCAUGGCCAUCCUAGGAAUGCAGGGGGAGAUCCAAUAGGCGCCGAACUGACCCUAGCUGACAGUAUCAAUACUGAUAAUCAGAGUACUUCCAUCGAGACAGAGAUUAAAGACUUGGAAGAUGGUAGCUACGAGGUCCUCUUUCGACCACCAUCCGCAAGCCGUUACGUGCUGAAGUUAUCUGUCUUUGAAAGACCCAUCAAGGACUAUCCGGUAUUUUUUGACGCGACCGAGCAUAACGAACCUGUAAAAAUUUAUGGAAGACGUGGACACGGAAAAGAUGAAUUUCAUCAACCAGUUGCCGUCGCGGUGGAUGACGACAAUAUGAUUUACGUCGUAGACACAGGCAACUCUCGCAUCAAGGUAUUGGAUGAUAAUUUGGAAUUUCAAAGGCACAUUACCAACGAAGGUCUCGAUGGACGUAGUUGUACUGGAAUUGCUGUAUCUGAACAAGGACUGGUAAUCGUCAAUUGGAGGACGCGUACAGUCACAGAAAUGACCUCGCUGGGUGACACCAUUCGUUCCUUUUCUCACAAUGCGUUCCAGGAACCUAUUGAUAUCGCUGUGGAUAGAAGUUACGGACACGUACUGGUAGCAGACAAUGGCCAGUGCUGUGUAUUCGUAUUCGAUUGUGACGGCAAAAUCCUCUUUCAGGUGGGCAAACGUAGUAUGUUUAAACUAAUAAGCUCCGUGACUAUAGGACCAGCUGGUGAGAUUCUGGUUGCUGAUUCGCGAAUUCAAGUAUUUUCUGCUAAAGGGGACUUUUCGGAAGAGAUUUACGCGGAAGGAAAAGGUAAGGGUAGGUACGGCGGGAUAGCAGUAGAUCCAGAUGGCCGAAUACUAGGCUCUCGCAGCGAUAAGGGCCGCAGUGUUAUUCAAGUAUUGAAACUCGGUGGGGGUGCUAUUCUCACGGAAAUUGAUUCUCACAGCUCGAAGUUGAGACGUCCUUCAGGUAUUGCCGUAUUACCUGACAAUCAUUUGGUCGUGGUCGAUCUCGGUAAUGAUUGCAUUAAAAAAUAUAGAUACUGGUAAAACGUUACCGGUAGCUACAAAAAGUCGGAAUGACGUGAGCCAAGGGAAAGAUUUAUAAUAUUUUCUGAGCAAUGCAAAAACUUGUUUAUUUUUUUUUUUUUACUAUGCACUGUGCUUGCUUUUUGUCUCACUCAAAGCAACGAAUUUUGAUUCUCUUUUUAUUGUGAUUAAGUAUUGCGAAUCGUUCCAAACGAAAAUCGUUGAUGGGCGUCGUGAAAUUUUUCGUUGACUGCGUAAAAGGCCAUACUUAAAGUUUCUCUUUUUUUAUGGAAUUUUAAUAAGUGUUUAGGACUUCUUAAACGGAACGAUUAUCCACUGGCGUAACUGUGAGCUUGUCACAUGCGAUGUGAAAUUCUGCGACUUUUAUAAAUUCAGUGAGAACGUGUUUACACGUAACAAGGGAUGAAAAUAUUGACUGUCGCAAACAAGAAAUAAGAGUCAGUGUUUCUAUGUAAUGUGAUUCGAUCGUAACCAAGAAUUGACACAGCUACUUCUUCGGAUCGUCAGGCUGUAAAUUAAAUUAACUGGACGUAAAAGGAUGAAAUUGUCAAAUUGCGUAUUUCUCUCUUUAAGUUGUGCGUCCUGACUAUCCGUAAAUAAUCCCAAAUGUCAUCGCGCUUAAGUUAAUCUAUCCUUUAGGUAGAUUGCGAAUUGAUUAUUUAUUUGCGAAUCUGCCCUAAUGAAAACGUAUGUGCGAGCAAGGGAAGGCGCACCAGUUUUUCAUAAACAAUUCAAAUUUAAUUAAUUGCUAAACACGUACACAAUGCAUACGUCCUAACUAAUUGCCCAAAGCAAAGGUAUCUUAUAAUUGCAUACAAAUUUUAUUUUUCUUGCAUACACUCAUUCCUGUAAUGGAUUACGAAUAAUUGAAGCAUAGCUAUCACAAGAAAGUUCACUGCCCUACUUAAUUUCUGUCUUGUAAGAAAUAUGAAGUUACCACUUUUUAUAGCUGGCAGCAGGAUUAAUCUUAUUUAUUAAUUAAAUACUGGUGCUGAGGUAAACUAGUGAAUUUCUUAAUGCAUCAAGACAAAAAAUAAGUGGAUAUUCUCCAAUCGACUGCAUUAAAAUCAAAAAUCUUUUUUUAUUUUCUUUAAAAAAAUCUUACUUAUUGUUCCUACUAUUCUCAGAAAAAAAGUGAGCACAUAUACAAUUAAUUGUCAAUAUCCCUCGUGUUCCAAUCGUAGGAUUUGAACGUUUGUUCUGGGCGAAAAAUGCCUAAGCUUAUGUAAGAUUCACCAUUGUCACUUACAUAUAUCUGAUGGCGACAUAGUUAUAAAACGAAAAUAAUGUGUUCCGUAAAAGGGCGUACAUAGAGAAUACUAUGUGUUGAAUAGGCGUUUCAAAAGUGUCAGUCCUAGAUAUAAAAUUUUUCAUAGUGAAAAACUACAAAAAAAAAAGCUAUCAGUAGAAAUUAAUUCAGAAAUUACUGUACUGCCAUACGUGUAACAGAUUUGAGUUUCUUUCGUAAAUCGUCAAGUCACGUUUUCCGUAACAGUUUGAUCCAAUGUUGAUAGAACAAAGAAAGAAAAGUUAAUCGACAAGAAGCUCGAGGCGACUCGCGGCAUUGUAUUCGCUAAGUAGCGCGCCGUUUAUGAAACACGCUGUAGUGUCUUGGACGUGAUCCCUGAACACAAGAGAUAAGUUAUUGUAAUAUAGAACGGAUUAUUCGAUGAGAGUAUAGUAUAAGAAUUGUAUAUAUAUUUUUUCAGUAUUAUCGUCUAGCGAAAAUUCCUCUGUAAAGAAAAGAAAAGAAAAGAAAAAAAAGGCGUACAGUGGCAAAUCUUGAUAAAAGUGACAGUACGUUGUACGUGCCGUUAUUAAUAAGAGCAACCUAAAGGAGAGCCGUGCAAAAAAAUAUGUAUUCUAGACCGGACGACGUAAGGCGGGAUUGAUUCAUGAAUUAAAAAUAUAUGUAAAUACAUAAUUAGUUAUUGCGUAUCACGUACGAGAUUGCGUUACUAGUCCUAAAACAUGAAGAUUACGCAAAACAGUCAAGAAAAUGCCUUUGACGUCCGUCGCUAGUAUAUCUUUAGAAUAGAAGAACGUAGGACUCAAUGUAAACUCGAUACGUCGCUCAAAUGAAAUUUUGUCAUCGCGAAAGCACGUACGAUAUUACUUUUCUUUAGGCCGCUGAUAAGGCUCGAACUAUUUUUCAGUAUAUCGGCAAAGUCUUACUUAAUUUGUUGCGUUUAAUUAAUGCUUGUUUAACGUUUUCGUUUACAUCCUUUUUUUUUUAUCUUGUUAUCAUUUUUAUAACCGAAGCGUCCUGAAAUUACCAACCGUCGUUUGUUCGGUAUCUUUCAACUAUGAAAAUCCUGUAUACCGCGUACUUGGCAAAAGUCGUAAUUGUUUGACGUGGUUAUUGUAUUGUCACUCUCAAGAUAUGCGAUCGCCGUGUACAGUACGUGUUACGUUAAGUCGUAUUACUACAUUGUCGCAUAAUAUUAUAUCAGGCUGUUGUGAAGUAACUGUAAGAAAGAGCAAAGGACGAAGAAAGGCAAGAAUAGUUUAUCGUGUUAAAUCGAGAGCCAAAGUCCAUUGUUUGUUACUUUUAAGUGUCUCGUCCACAACGCGUUUAUCACACGGACAAUAAACGAUUAGAUAUUCCAAUUUACCUCGUUUAUCAUUGACGAUCGAUAAAUCGCGUAAUUCGAUAGAUUGUGAAUUUAUUAAGCGACUCGAAUCAUUUCCUAGAUGAUUUCCGACUUGAGGUAAUUGGAAGUUGUUCAAAAGCUCGCACCGUUCUGUUUUCUGCCUGCUUGUCACACUCUGUUUAGUUGAUCGUUGAACAGCAAAUGUUAAGAAUUUUAGUUGAUUCUUGCUGAACCAUCCCGUUUCUUUUGUACACUCGUCAUUCAGAUUAGACGUACCAUAGAAUAUAUUGUUUACGUUUCAGUCGCAGAGCUUUCAUUAAACUGUACUCGACCCGUGGAAACAAUUGUAACAUAUCAAUUUAUCAAAAUCGGGACUCGACCGAGGCCUUGGUACGAGGCAAUGUUACGUUGAUAAUAUUUCCAUGUUUUGCAUAGCCAUUAAUUGUUUUCUGACGGUAUAUAAUUAUCUAGAGAUAUGCCACUUGUAUGACGUUUGAAUUAUUAAUCAAAUGGAAUGUGCGCAAACCGACCUUAACACGCUUAGUAUUAAACUAAGUAAAUUCCUCUCGAUUAUAUUUCUAAUCUAGAAUUAAUUUAAUCAUCCUCCAUGACAUUAAGAUGAUCGAUCGUUCUUAAAAUGCAUUAAUUCACAAUAUCCCUGUAAUCGACACACAAAUUUGAUCAAAAUAAUUCUAUUUCUUUUUGUCAUAGGUUAUCUUACUUAACAAAAAUAAUUAGGCGAUAUGCUAAUGUCCUUUUUUUUUUGUAAUCACUACUGCGAUUGUAGGCUAUACAUAUCUUUUGAUUCUGCUUAUACACUAUUUUACACGCGUUGCUGGGUUUGAGAAUUUUUUUUUAAAACUAAAAUUAAGUAACAUUGUUUCGUACUUGCUCGAGUCAGCCUAUUUUUAAAAAUAUUUUUUAAUCCCAUGUUAUUAUCAAUCAUCCACGGUAAAUGAUUAAUCGAAUCGAUUGCAAGUGGAUGAAAAUAUUUUCGUUUUUCAUGAGUGCUAUAGGAAGUUGCCUUUUUGCAUUUUAUAUCUUGUCUAUUCUUGACACUACAUUCCUAUGAGAUUCUUUGCAAGGUGAUCCUUUAACCUAACGCAGUAAUCUAACGUGUUAUUAGCAUAACAUAAAUUAAUUGGGUACGUCUAACAAUGCAUAAACAAAUGAAUCACGCUUCGCAGUUAACAAUGCUAAUAAUUAUAUAUAUUAUUGCAGCGCACUUAGAGAGAAUUCACCGUGCAAAGUACCUACAUCGAUUCCUAAUAAUGCGUUGUAUGUAACCGUUGUUGGGUUAUUGUACCGAUUUCGAAGCUACAGUUUGUUUCACAUUCAAUCUCUUUCGCACUGUUUCUGUAAGAAAAGGAAAAAUGGUAAAUGGUAAAUUCGAGAGACAUCAAUUCGCUCAGCUUGAUGCUUGAUACCACUUUUCAUAAUACAUAUAUCAGAUAAGAAGAGAAUUGUCUUUAUCAUUAUCAGUCAGUAUCAUUAUUUUGAUUGGCCGACAGAAAGUGGAGUACGAAAGUAUCGAUCUGAUCGAAUCCUCGACUGAUGAAUUCGCCCUACUUAUUGAUAUUCUAUAAUCUAGUCAUAUUCUUAUCAAUACUUUCGAUCGUUUACUGUAAAGUAGCUUUACGUUUAAUAAUCGUGUGUUGUAUAAAGGAUACUUUGUAAAUAAACUGAAGCUUCAUUCGAUAUUACGUA